AUGGACUGUCUCAAGGCGAUCCAGACCUACGUCAACAAGAUAAUCACCAACACGUCCGGGAUCAAGGUGUUGUUGCUCGAUGCAGAGACGGUGAGUGAUGCCGUCCGGUUGGCAGAGACGGAGUCGAUGAAGGAGAACUGACCAAGUGCCGCUCCGAUCAUCGCAGACGGCGAUCGUUUCCCUCGCCUCGACGCAAUCAGCUCUACUAUCACAUGAGGUGUACCUGACCGAUCGGAUCGACAACCCAGCACGGUGCCUGCCUGCAUCGUCAUCGAGUACGGUCGCGCCGGGCGCAGCGAGAGGGGCGAGUGCCUACCCUCCUUCGAGAGCGGUCGAGCGUCUACCUCACCUCAAGUGCAUCUGCUUGCUCAGGCCCACGGAUGAGAGCAUCGAGGCGUGCGAGAGGGAGCUGAGGGAGGGCAGGUACGGCGGUUAUUGGCUGUGUGAGUGCGCUAUCGAUCUCGGGAAUCGCGCUUCACCCCAAUAGUCGCUGUGUCGGCUGCUGACCCAGCGAUGUUCAAUAACCUACAGACUUCACCAAUGUCCUCAAAAAGAGUCAGAUCGAAAGGCUCGCCGAAGCGGACGAGCACGAGCUCGUGCGGGAAGUGCAGGCAAGUCGAUCCCGUCCUCCCCCACAUCGAUACCCAAUCCUAAUCUGGGGCGAAUUCUCACCCAAACAGGAAUACUUUGCCGACUACUCGCCUCUCACAUCCUCCCACUUCUCACUCUCGAUCCUCCCGACACCACUACACCCCUCCGUGUCGCAAAACACCAUGGCCCUCUUUGGUGACACCCCCUCGGUCUGGUCCCCCUCCUCCCCAGCCCUGACUCGCCACGUCCAAGGCCUCAGCGCCCUACUUCUCUCCCUCAAGAAGAAACCUCUCAUUCGCUACGAACGCAUGUCCCCACUGGCCAAAAAACUUGGACAAGAACUCAUGUACCAAAUGAACGAGGACGGACGCGAAUUGUGGGACUUUAGAAAGUCCGCUUCGGCGCCGCUGCUGUUGCUCUUGGACCGGAGGAAUGAUCCCGUCACGCCGUUGUUGAGUCAGUGGACGUAUCAGGCUAUGGUGCACGAGUUAUUGGGCAUCACGAAUGGGAGGGUCUCGUUGGCGGACGCACCCGAGGUCAGAGAGGAGCUGAAGGUACGUUGGAGGCCUACUCGGAUGCGAGCCCGCGGAUGAAGGCUGACAGCUCCUUCGAACGAUUCGACCCCCGUAUAGGAAAUCGUCUUGUCACCUGAUCAGGACCCUUUCUUCGCCGCGAAUCUGUACGACAAUUUUGGUGAUCUUGGAGCCCACCUCUCUACUUACGUUCAAGAUUACUCGACCAAAUCAGCCACCUCGAACGCCAAGAAUAUCGAGACCGUCGCCGACAUGAGGAGGUCAGUCGCAUGACUCAUGAUCAUACGGCCUGCGUCCUGAACGGAAAGUUUUCCUACGCGCGCAGGUUCAUCGAAGAAUACCCCGAAUUCCGCAAGCUCGGCGGCAACGUCUCCAAACACGUCGCGCUCGUCGGUGAACUAUCGCGACUCGUCCAUGCUCGCAAAUUGCUCGAAGUAUCAGAAUUGGAACAAUCGCUCGCCUCGAACGAAUCGCAUUCCUCCGAUUAUCGCUCCUUGCAGCAAAUGAUCACCUCACCCGAUAUCCUCCCCGAAGCCAAAUUACGUCUGGCGAUACUCUACGCCCUGCGUUACCAAAAAUCACCCCAGAACAACAUUCAGGGUGUGGUCGAUCUGUUGAAUCAACAAGCGGUCAAGGACGCCGAUAUGGUGCAUGUCAUGUUGAAUUUCGCGGGCGCGGACCAGAGGCAGGAUGAUUUGUUCGCGAACGAGAAUUUCUUUACGAGGGGUAAGAGCGCGCUCAAGGGGUUGAAGGUAGGUCUUUCUGUGUGGUUGUGUUGGCGAUGUGCUGUUUGGUUUGUUGGCUAACUGUCUUUGUCCGCCUGGCAGGGAGUGGAGAAUGUCUAUACCCAGCAUACACCGCAUUUGGCCGAGACGAUCGAUUUACUCCUUCGUGGGCGGUUGAAGGAAACGAGUUAUCCGUUCAUUGAGGGACAAGGUGCCGGACAAACCGGGGUGACAAGGUACACAUGAACACUAUCUACGCAUGAACGUCCUAGGUUGAGACUGACCCGGUGCCUGAUCUCCUUGCAACGACCAGACCGCAAGAGAUCAUCAUCUUCGUUAUUGGAGGCACGACGUACGAGGAAGCCAAGACCGUUGCUUCACUCAACGCUCAAUUCGCUGCUGGGCAUGGAUUAGCAGGCUCCGUAGGACCGGGUGGAGUGGGUGCGCCGACUCAAAACAUGACGGGGACGAGGAUCUUGCUCGGUGGGACGUGCGUGCACAAUUCGAGAACGUGAGUUCAUUCACAAUAUCAAACCGACCAAAAUCCCCCCCGAUUCAGUAGAGCUUACGAAUCUUAAACAUCUACGUGAGGUCGCAGAUUCUUGGAGAUGACCAAAGACGCUGCCUUCUCCUGGCCCGCUUUCUCCAACUCGGCUGCAUUGGCACAACGAUCGACAUUAGCUUCGUCAACGGCCUCUGCGUCGAAUACGAAUUCGGGAAUGGGCCUCAACACCAACGGUCCUAUCAACCUCAAUAUUGGACCUGUGACGUUGAACAAUGUGGCUGGGGGUUUGGAGGCGGGUGUGGAUGCGGCGAGGGAUGGGUGGAGAGAUUUGGUCGGGAGGGUCAAGGCGGGGGUCGAUCAGGUUCGGUUGCAGUAG